CACUCGACCCCUCGAUCUUUUCUCUUUCUUCAACGUCGUAAAUACGGAAUUUUACUUGUUGGUUUUUUGAAAUCGCGUGCGCGGAAUUCAUUUUUAGGGUGUCGCAUCGUCGAGGGUGACUCCGGAUUUCCCGGGAGGAGGGGUUUUUAAGGGGUUUUCAUCGAGACCGUCGUUAUGAAAAUUCACCGGAGGUUCAUUUGGUUUUGGGAAUGGAAUUCAGAAAUAAAAAUUGAGAAAAACUCCCUCCCCAAGAGGAUAUUUUUGGUCAGACAUCCCGACAUUUUCUUGUAAUCUAGACUCAACAAUAAUUUAUUGUGAAUGGCAGUCGACGACCAUCGGGCGUCUACCUCGUCUAGCGGUUCCCCACUCUAACCCGAGGGUCCCCUCGCCCCACCCACUGAAAACUAUGCCCCCCAAAAAAUUAUGUCAAUCGCUAGUCGAAAACUAAUGAGUGAUAGUUGGAAAUCAGUGUUAUGCGGUGCCAAAGCGCCGACGGCGGAUGCGGUGGCGAUAAAGACGAGGGCGAAGAAGACGAAGAGGAUCAUUACCAGAAGAAGGCCAAGACCGAGAAGAAGACCAAGAGCAAGUACAGAGUAAAGUCAGGAGUUGGAGUCCAGCACUGAGCGUGUUGUUUGCUUUUCAAAAGAAAAUUUAAUCAUCAAACAAAAUAGCUGAAAAAUCAACGCCAACCCCCACGAGAUCACAAUUUCCCCUCCGUAAAAAAGCUAAAGUACUGGCACCCAAAUGCACCUGUGGCAUAUCCUGUUUCAUGUUCAUGUUCUGGAGCAAACGCACGAUAUUAACUAGACGUCUGCUAAAGGCCAAGAUCCACCGGGAGUAUGAAACCGAGUGUGAGACUCAAGGGACUACAUCAGGGCAAAUUAAAUUACCAACAGAUACCUCAGGUCAAUUAAAUGACACAUCGAGCAAUAGAGUAGUUGUUGAACCAGCGGGAAGUGAUUGUGGGGGUAGGAGAGAGCUGACAAGAGACAUUGCUGACAGGAGUGUUGUCAACAGGCUUCAUCAGGCCUGCUGUGGUGGAGUUGAAGAGGAUAACGAGGAUUUGGUGGAUGGACGUUUGUCAAGGUGCAAGGAGUUACUCAAAGGUCUCAAGGAGAAUCAGCUUGAGAUGCUGGUGAUGUCGGUGGAGAGUUGUGGGGCUGAUCUUGCUGGCUGUGUUCUCGUGAGGAGAAUCAACAGCUGUAGAGAUGAACAGCUUGAUCACUACAGGAGGCACAGACAUGUUAGCAGAAGUGCUAGACAUCAUCAUCCUUUGAGGCACAGACACUCGGACACUAGACAGAGGUCUAAGUGUAGGCAUUGUGAGAUGAAACAUGUGAAUAGUGGGGUCGGUGAGGAUGAUGAUGAGGGGGAUGAUGUGGCGGUUGUUAAUGUGGUUAAUGUUGUGAAUGAACCGGCGAAUUUACUCGCUUGUCAGAUGUGGAGGUGGCCUGAUCUAGCCCAGUCAAAGGAUCUUAAGAAAUUACCAGUGUGUCAUUCCGCAAUGGAUUCAUCGUAUGUCUGCUGCAAUCCGUAUCACUGGAGUCGACUUUGUAAACCUGAGUCGCCACCGCCCCCGUACUGUCUGAUACCGGCUGAGAGAGUUGCUAAGCAAGAAGGUGCCGUGCAAUCCAGCCAAAUGGAGGCGCGUGGAAAUGCCGCCGAGCCCUCGCGACUUCCGGACUCGUUAACCACCGACGGUGAAGAGCACAACGAGGACAAGAAGGAAUGGUGUACGUUAGCCUAUUGGGAGCUCGGUGGUAGAGUGGGAAGGCUCUAUCCAGUUGAAGCAUCAACGAUAAGUGUCUUCGACUCACUCCACGAUGGUGAUGGCCUCUGUCUUGCAAGCCUCGCCCAGAAUCACGGAUCCUCAGCAGCAGUUCGAAGGACACGACAGAAAAUUGGCCUAGGUCUGAUGUUAAGUCAAGAAUCAGACGGCGUAUGGGCGUACAACAGGUCUGACACUCCGAUAUUCGUAAAUUCACCGACUCUUGAUGAUCCGGAGUCCCGCACACUGCUGGUGUACCGCGUUCCCCCUGGUUUCUGUCUCAACAUUUUCGACAGAUCAAAGAGGCCGAAUGUACGGCUGUCUUACGGUGAUUCAUUGAAUUCCACUGGUCCUGUUGAUGCCAAUUCCGUACGAAUAAGUUUUGCCAAGGGUUGGGGCCCCAAGUACUCGAGACAAGAGGUCACAUCGUGCCCCUGCUGGCUAGAAGUACUGUUAGCUCCCUGCAGGUGAUCAACGAAUUGUUUAUUGUUAUGUCUAUUGUCUGGUAAUGAUUAUUGACAAAUACCAACGCCAUAUGUGCCUUCCCUACCCCCUGGACUCCAUGAAGAACAUUCAAGUGAAUUAUCGAUUGAAAAUUCGGGGGAAUUUGAUGGAGGCUGCGAAUUAUUCUGUAAAUAUCUUCUGAAUCAAGAGGUUCAGAGGAAAAUGUCACAGGAACUUUUUGUACAGAAUCAAAUUCUCUGUGAUUAACUUCUUGUGACAUUUUUUCCUAAACCUCGUCAUUAAUGAGGGAUUUCUCUCCUCCAUCGAUUCACCAAAAAAAAAUGUUUUUCAAAUUGAAGCUAUGCUACGUCACAACUGCAGACGUCGUCAGUCAGCCUCAUGCCUUUUCGCAUUUCAAUGACGAAAUGAUUGUUUUUUUAUUGUUAUGUAAAAGAAUAAAACACAAUAAUGUCGAAUCCACAAAUAAUACCACUAUUGGAUGGAGAAUUGACUGCUCGAAUAAGCUUGGUACCUCAUUGUUCUAGCUUGUUCUUAUUUUUAUUUCAAUUGAAUUAUUGUGUUGCAGUCUAUAUUUUCAAUGACUUAACGCAAUUCAUUUAUUUGUUCGUUUAAGGAUAGAAUUUUCAAUUAAUUCUAACACAAAAAAUGAAGUUAAGACGUCUUUUUUUUCUUUUUGUUAUUUUAUAAAAUACAAAUGAUAAAAUGCACGAUUUAUUGAUGAUUCAAUUUGUAAAAAAAAACAUGAGGAUUCGUGCGAUUAUUUUAAUUUAUUAAGAAUUUUAUAGAACACGAAAUUAAUAUUCGUUUGUAAAUAAAUUUUAUUUAUACGUAGAUCAAUAAAACGCGACGAAUAAAAUGA